GGUUGGUUAAAAAAAAUAGUCCCAUCCCUCACAAAACCCCAUCAUCACGAGGACACCUGCGGAGCCUCUAGCAGAGAACGCCCCUCAGAUCCUUCAGACCCUUCAGAAGGCCCGCGUAAAUCCGGUGGACUGCUUUCCGACCUGAGAAGCUGCGGUGGCUGGGUUACCAUAAUACUGCUGGCGGUGGAAUCCGACCGCUGAGAGCCCUGCCGGUGCAAUCCGUGAUCGUCGCUAUCAGACGUCGGGGUUGGUGGCGAGUAGGCGAUGGUUGGAUUUACCGCCAGGUCAUCCUCCACGGACUCGACGGAGUGCGUGCGUCUAUGGCUGGUGUUUGAGGCAUCCUUGCUGCUGUCCCGGUAGGAGGAGUUGGGUCUUGAGCUAGGGCUUGCGGAGGGCGAUUCGAAGGAAUGGGUUGAGGAACGGUAGCUCUGGGAGCGGGAGACCAUGGUGUGCACGCGCGGGAGUUCGAGAUAGUUGGCUAUCGAGCUGCGGGAGAAAAGCACGAGCCCGAAGCAGAUGAGGACGAAGACACUUUGGAUGAUUGAGAUGCGCUUUUGGAAGAGGAGCUCAUCGGCUAGGAUUCCUAGUUGGCUGCUCAUGGCGAAGACCUCCUGAUGAUAAUGAAGUCGUUGUUGUUCGAAUUCGACGGCCACGGAGUGCCAGACCUGGUCGUACUGGUGGCGAAAUUCUCGGAGCUCCUGCAGCACCGAUGUAUUUAAGUUUUCGAGGAAUGUGGUGGUUUUUGCUAGCUGUCGCUUUUCCACUUUGCUAAAAGCAUCUCGAAGGAUGCGUGACUGCUCUUCGAUAUACUGUAACGAGAGGGAGGAGUUUGUCUCCAGCAUAUGCAAACGUUUGUUCACGGAUUUAAAGAAGGAUUCUUGAGUCGUAGGGUUAGGUUGAUGCUGCUGAACUGUAGUCGACGGUUUCGAUGACUCAGAUGAACCACCGUACUCGGUCUUGUGAGUACUGGUGGAUGUCGCAUGUUGAGACUCGUUAGCAGGAUUUUGAGCGCGGGAGUCCGUCACGGUAGGCGUAGUUUUUUGGGUAGGGCUAGCCACAUUCGAAGACGAUUCAGCACUGGGAGUUAUCGGCGUGGCAUCCUCUGCCACUUUAGCAGGGCCAUGAGCCUGGACUGAAGCUGACUGAACUGCAUCCAUUGAUUGGUUGUGGGCACGAGGUGCCUCCUUGAUAAGGCACACUCCGUCUUCCUCUCCGGCAAGACUGCGCGAUAAGAUCGCCCCAAUAUCAGCCUUUGGAAGACAUAUAUCCUCCGGCUUCUGAACGCGAGUUGGUUGCACGUCAAAUCCACCAGCUCCAGUUGAGCCAUCACUCUCCUUCCCGACAACCUUGCUCUGAUUAGCAGCGGGAUUAUCUGGUCCAGAUUCCGAGGCCACGUUGCCCUGAAUCUGGGCUGAAUUGUGGUCUUCUAAACGGGCAAUAAAAUUCGUUACCGUAAUGAGUCAAGAAUUCGAUCUUCACAUAUCUGGCCCAAAUGAGGGGAUUCUCAACUGCGAAGGCUUGAACCUCUCGAGAAUUAACUGCUUCAUCGAACUGAAAAACUCAUAGUUGGCUAGCACAAUAGUAUCGAUUAAAAUAUCGUCACAGAGCUCGACUAUCAAGAAUUUAUCCCUAGCCCUACACUCGUUGAGCAUAUAAUUGUCUUUAUUCUCGGUCAGAACGGACGAUGCGCCGCUGCACUGGGGGUUGGUCUUCAGCACUGUAGCCGCGCAAUCAAACGAUGCAUAAUUAAAUCGUUCCUUGCAUGUAGUCCCCGCAUCCUUUCUCUUAGAAACACCUCCACGAGUCGUAGUUUCAAUCUGCGUUUCUCCUUCUGCGCCUCUCGUAGCCGACUCUGCCCCAUCGGCAUGCGGAGCUUGACCUUUCCCAACCUUCCUCUCCCAUGACGCCGGGCCAGAAUUUUCAGGCCCAAACCCACCGAAUUCCAACGCAAUCUCACCGUCUUCACCCAAGGAAUCCAAAGAAUUGUCAAUCCCCAUAGGGCGCUGGCGUCUUCCGCUGGCCUCAGAUCCAGCACCUUGGCGAUCCCCCCUAACAUGAUCCACCGAUUGGCCCACUUUUGCCAAAUUCUGCUUCUUCCACUCUUCGAAAGAAAGAAAAUUCGCAUUAUCAAGAGGCGACUCCGUAUCUAAGUCCUGGUCCAGACCACUUGAUCCUGACGUAGUCGCUGUUACUGUUGAUGACGGCGAUGGUGAAGCACCAGGGGGAAUCGAUGCAUCAAUGUCAGCUCCUCCAGAUGAAGAAUUCGACGUAUAAUUUUCGACGUGCCCAAUACCGGCCCAUUUCGGUUCUAAGCAGACAGGGUACUGCAUGUAUUCCAACUGAAUAUCCGACAGGUCCCUGUUGGGACAAGUUGCAUCUAAUGCUCGCGAGCUAAUAUUGGGUUGCUCGAAACCCAGAUUUCCCCCCGCGUGCACAGCAGCAAGUAAAGCAAUAGCCCAGAAGUAUAGCAAGCGAUCCGUAGCCCGACAUUUCGUAUGAGCACCACGCGGGAAGAGGGUAUAGUGCCAGGCCAUAUUUCCCCGAGGUAACGCUCGUGAUUUCGUGAUAAAAAAAAAUUGAAGAAAAAGGAAUAGAGAAACGGCGCUCAGAGUAACUAUGUACGAAUAACCACGAUUAAGAAAGAAAAAAAAACCUAUCAAACUAGAAGCGUUUGGUAAGCAUAGGACUUCAAAUCAAAGAAUCCAUAACGUAUCGACAACGUUUCAAGUUUGACCAUCAUGGAUAGACAGACAAUAGUUAAAAAAAAAGAGCAAAAUCGAAAGGACCAAAAUCCUCACCUUUUCCUCAACGACAGCAACAGCAACAGCAGAUUUGCGGUGCCUUCGCAACGCCAGCACCGGAAAAUUCAACAAGGGUCCCUCCGCGUCCAGUUCGAUGGCCCAUUCUUCGUUUUCCUCACUUUUCUCCUGUCGGAUCCGCAGCUACCAGAACGGCAGUCCACAGCAUCUCCCUAUGUUGUUUAUCAGUCGCUGCGCCGUGAUUUCUUUUUCUCGUCUGCGGCCGGGCGGAUUCUAGACACCAACAACUCAGGUCGAGGGCGUCGUAAAGGAAAGGGAAAAAUAGGAGAUUGUCAAAGUAAUACGAUCGUAUUCGAAAGAAAGAUUGCGGAAGCUGUUGUGGAAGAGAAAGGAGCAAUAAGCUUUCGUCUUCGCACAGCUUUGAAUUCCGGGGUAAAAAAAAAAAAAAUAUCUGGCCUCUUGAGUUUGCUUUUGGUAAGGAACCGCGUUAGGGUGUUCGGAAAAGGGAAAACGGCUUGCCGGCCGUUGGCGACAGGGAUAUUAUCCGGCUACAAAGAAGCCCUGUUCUGUGUUGAUUAAAUAUCUUCUUAUCUCUCCCUCAAGGUAUGUAGUUAGACAGACCGAUUCGUUCAUAUGAGAAAAAGGGAGCUGGGAUUGGGACUGAGCGGAAGGUGGUUGGUUGGUUGGUUAGCUUUUAAUUAGUUAAUAAUAAUAAUAAGCUCGCGGCUAAAAAGAAGAGACGCCUUAACGUAUGCCCCACGCGCUGUUGCUCUCUCUAAAAGAAACUGCUGCGAAGAGUGUGAAGGUCGGAUCAAAAGAAAGAAGAAUCAUUCAUUGUUUUUCUCUUCUCUCUGCUGAGGAUUUAUUUAUUAUUAUUUAUAUUUCUUUGCGCUGUAGUUACUCUACACUGGCAGUACUGCUAACUAACAUCGGAGUCGGUGAGCAGAAACAAAUGGGGCACUGGGGCAGGCGCCAAAGUGGGACCACGCGAGCCGCCAAAGGGAGACCACCAAACCAACAGCCAACAGGCGUGGUGGCGGCGGGGAGACAAACGAUGGGGGAUUUCAGCGCUGUUAUUUCUCCUACAUGUACAUGUACAUGGGACAGCGUACAUUAUGGCGGAGUAUGUAAUGUGCCGUUAACUUAUUGUUAUUAUAUUUCAUGAAAGCAGUGUCUAGCACACCCGCCCUCUUAUGGCCGCGCGAUACAGAAUGUACUCUAUAUAUAUAUCACGUCUUGGGUUAAGCAACAUGGAAUGGAUAUCUAUCUAUGGCAAGAUUGACAUAAAACAACAACUCUCACUUCUCGAGGGAAAAAAAUAUUUUCAUUUCGUUUUCCUGACCGCUAGGCGGCCAAACUAAAACUAAACUACACCCCCCUUCCACUUUUGCAAAACAGGAUCGGAAAAGUGGCUGACAUGUGUGUGCAAAAUGGAAACGAAAACAUAUUGCGCUCGCCCCCAUUUUUCUUUGGCUCAAAUGCCACGGGCUUUUUUAUCUUUUAUAUAGAUACAUAGAUAUGUAUACUUUUCGUUGUCCUCUCGUUCUUCCGAACUCUUGCCAUGGAUCCUUCCGCUCCUGAAAAAUGUUCGAUAUAUCAAAACUGCUGCUUGCUGUGCUGGGAUGUGAUGUUUUUUACCCCGUGCCAAUGGCCAAUGGGGUUAAACAAUAAAGAUAAGAAGGUUAAAAAUAUAGUAGUAGAAAAAGAAAACAACGACGGUAGGGCUCAAAGAAUUUCGACAAGAA